CUGCCGCGCCGCUCAUCCCACCCCUUUAUUUAUCAGCGCCUUUAAGUCACUGCCGCUGCUGAGCGGCGGAAAGGAGAUGCUGCCUGGCUGGAUGCAAGCAAUUAAAGCGAGAAUGGGGAAGGCUGGAGCCUGCCUGGCUGGCUGCACGGCGCGGGCACGGUGGUGCAAGGAGUACGGCCCCGGUGCCCGUGGCCGAGCCGUUCACAUCCAUCCCCAGCGCAAUGCGUCACCUUGCUCAAGGGAAGCUCCGGAGAGAAAUAUUGCUGAGCCCAUCCCGAAUCUCAUCUGGUUCGGAUUAGGACUGGAUAAGGUCCCGGCUCUGCUCAAGGAACGAGGAGGGGAGCUUGGAGCUUGUCCUGCUCGUCGCAAGUAUGAGCUGAACGCGGCGCCCAAACGCAGACAGGCGAGGGGAAUCAAAGAGACCUCGCAGCUCCUCCCGGUGGAAAACCCCUUCCAGCAGCUCAGGAGGUGGAUGGAGGGAGCCCGUCCACCUCGGAGCAGCCCCAGAUAUCACAGAAAACCACCAGGACCGGUAGAAAGGCCCCUUGGCAAGGGGAUGCUGCAGGCGAGGUGCACGUUUGGGGGUUCCCUGCUGUACCCUGGGAGGUUCCCAGCUCGUGUCCCUGGCUGCCAUCACCUCCACACCCCACAAGGCUCAUGGCAAGGCGCCAUCCCUCGGGCAGGGUCCAGGGGCAUCCGCACAGCCCCCUCCUCACCCACCUCUGCGGCUGCCCGGGGGCAGAGCCUCAGGGAAACGCUGCUCCCAACAGAAGCCAAGGGAGAGGGAGCCUCCGAAGAGCUCCGGCAGCUUCUUGUGGCUUGUUGUUUACAUAGCGCCUGCUCCGAGCCGGCUCUUGCCAUAGCUGCUAAUUUGAUAGCAUGUGAUGAACGGGAAACGCUGUGCAGAAACAGGGGAAAACUGCCACCGCGUCACGGGCUGGAGCACAACGAGAGAGGGUGCAAAGAAAUGCUGGGAUCUGGGCGAGACGGAGGGCUAAUAAAUACUGGAUGUGUGUACAUAUCCCUAGUAUGGGUGCUCUGCUUGGCCCUGCACCGUGUGCCGGCACCAAACAGCAAAGAAAACUUGUCUUGUUGGUGGUGGCUUUUGAAAAAUAUCUCGGGGAGAGAGAUUUCUCCAGCAAGACAAGCUGGUCUCCACCUUUGA